AACCAAAUUCAGAUAUUUUAUCGAAACUAUAUAAUUGAAUAUGUAAAAAACCCUAAUGUUAAAAAAAUAUAAUUACAAUAAAUAAACGAUGGUAAUAAUUUACACAUGUAAAGUACCAUAUAUAAGGUUCUAAACUCAGCUUCUGAGUUCAGAUUCUACCCGAAGCUGUUGCCUUCUCUUCGUUGCCCGCCCACCAUGGCCACCAACCAUUCAAAGUCCGUCUUUGAUUUUACUGUCAAGGAUGCUAAAGGCGAUGAUGUGGAUCUUGCUACUUACAAGGGAAAAGUCUUGCUGAUUGUUAAUGUUGCUUCCAAAUGUGGCAUGACCAACUCAAAUUAUGUGGAGUUGAAUCAACUAUUCGAGAAAUACAAAGACAAAGGGCUGGAGAUUCUGGCAUUUCCAUGUAAUCAAUUUGGUGAGGAGGAACCCGGAAGCAAUGAUCAAAUUCAGGAGUUUGUCUGCACUCGCUUUAAAUCUGAAUUUCCCAUCUUUGAUAAGAUUGAAGUGAAUGGAGACAGUGCUUGUCCUUUGUAUAAGUUCUUAAAGUCAGGCAAGUGGGGAAUCUUUGGGGAUGAUAUUCAGUGGAACUUUGCCAAAUUCUUGAUUGACAAGGAUGGGCAAGUGGUAGAUCGCUAUUAUCCCACCACAUCUCCUCUUAGCCUUGAGCGAGACAUCCGUAAGUUAAUUGGUAUUGUCUGAAUGCAAGGAUUCAGUUGGGAAGAGAGGAUGUUGUGAAUGCCAAAGCACCUUUUCUUGACUUUAUUAUGUUCACUUUUGUGAAGUAUGAUGUUGUGCUUAAAGGUUUUGACUAAACUGAACAAGAUCUGCUCAUUGGCAUGGACAACAUUUACAUGAUGCCUGGUUUUAUUGGGAUUAUGAAAGAAUAAAUCUUAAACACAUAAUAAUAUGCCAA